UCUGCUGAUUAUAUCUGAGUGGAUGCUGUUCUUUUCCCUUCACAUAGAAAAGUCAUCCUUCAGGAGUUAGACACAGUUAAAGGCCCACUUAGGGUAGCCACAGUCACUCUCAGAACAAUUACAACUUUGCCUCAUAUAAAGCACCAAAAGCCACUCUUUAGAGAUGCUCUUGAGAAUGCUAGUUUACCAGUUUAUAAAAAGAGAAGGCAGCACGCUGUGCCCGGCCUUGGUACUCAUUCGAAUGAUGACUCACAAACAAAUUCAGUGCAUUCAUUAUAUGCAAAUAUGUCAUAGUAUGAUGACCACACUAAGCUGAAUUCCCCGAUUCAUAUUCCCCUUUUGUGGAUGAUAAUAGACCUUCUUUGGCAACUUCAAGGGAGUUUUUCACUACCUGCUCCAAUUUAUCUGAAAAUGUUACCAUCAGUGUGACAGUUUAUGAUGAGUAUACUUUGCAUCAAAUCAAGUUAAACUUACCUGUUGCACCAUAUACUGAUAUAACUGAGUGGUCUGAUACCGACAGGGUCUGAAAUUGACAUACAGCCCACCCAAAAUAGAUCCUUACAGAUUCAACUGUCUAUUGAUACUUUUAUCCAUCUGUCAGCUUCCAAUGAUGACCUGUAUUAGCUUUGUUGUACACCGCCCAGAGUCGCCUAUGGUGAGAUGGGUGGCUAUAUAAAAUGAUUUAAUAAAUGAAAUAAAAAAUUAUUUGCCAAUUUAGCCUCACUAAACCAUCCACCAUCUGCAGAGAAGUGAGUCCUCUGACAUUAAAUCCAAAGAACUCUGUGAUCCUACUGUCAUAGAGUAUUGCAGGGUGACACAUAAGAUUUAAGGACCUGGAUUCAUGUAUUAUGGAUUUUUUUUUUUUUAUUUCAACAGGUGACUUUUGUCUAAAUGGCUACAAUUGCCUAUCACUUCCUGCACUGCAAGGGACUGGGCAGGAUAGAUCACUGGGAGCCUUAAUAUACAUUGGUCAGCUACUUUAAAAGCUAAAGAUAGCUUACUAAAGUCCCUGAGUCAUUAUGCCCAGGAUGCUUUGUUUCAAUUUACUAAGACUUCUCUGUUCUUAAUUAGUGUAUACUAAUUUACCCCAAUUUACUCAUGUGUAUAGGUAAGGGAACUAUGACCUAGAACUCUCUUUAAACAAUCUUUUGAAGUUUCCCCCUCUGCUUUGGAGGUAAUUUUAGAUGACUUCAAUGCCAGAAUGAGGGCGAAUGACAAUCUCCUAUAUUCUAUACAAACUAAGUAACCCAGAUUAUGAAAUAGCCCUUGUUUACUCCCAAGCAAAUCCAAAGAUGAGAGAGAGGACUUAAUAGGCUUGACCUUUUCCUUCUGAAUGGGGCAAUAAGUACUGCAGCAAUUAUCCUGCACAAUUUUCCCAUUCAACAUAAGCUAGAUUCUCUCUCCUAUAUUAUACCAUCAUUUCUAGGGGCCUCAGCUCCUUUCUACUUAAUUGUCAAAUUCCAAAAUUACUAUGAGAGCAUCCACUUUCCCAAUAUUUUAAACUUGAAAGCUUUUUAAACCCUUUAAUUAGAACCUGGUAUGAUUCCUAGUAAUGAAUCCAAGUUAAUCUCAGCCCAUGAAAAGUGUUCUUCUCAGUGAAAAGAGGAAAUGUUAUAGCUCAGAACCACUAUUUUAAAAUGUGAGAACAAAGCUGGCAUACUCAUUUUCUACAACCAUUUGAUUCAGCUUUUACAAAAAUAAUCUUAUAAGUAAAGGCAACUGCUUCCUAAUUCACCAACUAUGGCUCAACCAAAGAAGCUAGAAGGCCAGAACAGACUUGAUUACUUGUUUUAAUAGAGAGAUGAUCCUUCACACAUCAUUCAAGAUUUACUUAUCAUGAAGAUGUGAUACAAAAGUACAAUGUAGAGGAUUAACUCAAUAAAAGAAAAAACAAACACUCAGGGAAAUCUGGCUACAACUGACUGAUGCAGCACAUGAGAAAAAAACCAGCCAUAUUCUGGCAUUAUAUCAUCCCUCAGCUUUGUGCCUGCUCUUCUUGAUCCCCUUAUUAAACACAGCUGUUGUGAGGAUCAUGUUUGAACUCUGUAAAUGGUUGAUGAGACACCUGCCUUUGAAAUAGAGCUCAGUAAGGCUGAAGGCCCACUCCUUCAGUGGCCUCAAGUGACAAAUAAUGAAAAUGGUAGACCUAAUUAAGUAGGUUAAUCCUGGUAAAGGACCAGGUGUGGACUUUUUCACAGCCAAGGUUUUAUGUUCCAACAUGGAUAGGUGAGUCCUGGUUUGUUCUUUGUUUACAUUUAUUAUUCCUAAAGAUAACAGCUUUGCUUUAAUGGUGCCCAUUUAUAUAAUAAAAUGGGCACCAGAAUCUUCCAGCCAAUUACUGACUCAUCAGCUGCCUCAGCAUCAUUAGCAAGAUGUAUGCUAAGACCUUAGGGUUAAGCUCUUCAAUUUGAUCUGGAGAAUAUACUGGCUGGGGAACAAAUUGGAUUUAGAACUGGCUGCUACAUCUUCAAUCAUCCUUAAUUCUACAACAUCUGGCUAAAAAGUACACCUCCACACCAUGGGCUCUGAUCAAUGAAAACUUUAUGAACUUCAGAGCAGCCUUUGACCUAAUUUGCAGGCCUAAUCUGUGAUGCAAAUUACAAAACUCCUCUACAGACAGAAGGCUGCUCCUGCUUAUCUGUAGACCUUUAUGAUAAAAACACCAUAAAAGUUAGAUGUGGCUAAAGGCCACUAUACCAAUGAGAUCCCUGUUAAUAGGGGAGUCCAACAUGGCUGCAAUUUUGCCCCAUUUAAUUAUUACAUGACUGCAUUAGUUGCUAUGAUGAAUGAUCUUUCCCAUCCCUCCACCGCCCCCCCCCCAAAUUAGCAGAAAAACAUAUACAGAUAAUGCAGUUUUUAAUGCAGUUUCCAAAGACUGUAACUGGUCUAAUGAUCUCUGCGAGCAUUGGCUGAUCACUGUGUCUCCGAAGCUUUGGAAAUUAACUACAAUAAGACCAGCAUGGUGGUUUUUGCAAAAUGCCCUAAAUGGCAUAUUUGGACAUUAAACAAUCAUCCUAUUGAACAGAUUCAAUCAUUUAAAUACCCAAAUAUAGUUUAUCAUGCCCCAACCUCAUGCAGAAUGCAUAGAGAAUAUGUAAUACAAAACAUCCAGAGAACUGUAACAGCACUACAAUCAUUUUUCUACAUCAAGGGGUCGUUUUUGUCCCUGCUGUACUUUGAAUGUCCUCUGCUAAAGACAGAGCACAACUGCUAUUCAGCGUCCCAAUAGGUCCAUAUAGUUACUUUGCUCUUUCUGAAAGAGUCCAGACCAAAACUUUCAGGAACAUAUUCCAAGACCCUCAAAUGUAAUUGUUUGCCACGAAGCUGAUAAUAGUAAGAUUAAGACCAAUACUUGGUAACACAUUUUUAUAUACUGGGCCAAAAUAUACUUCCUUCUGUAGGCCUGACCCCUCAGACUCUUAUUGACAAUUUUGUUUCAUCCUGAUCCAAAGCAAUACUAUAGGUUAAAAAAAAAAAAGGAGUUCUUUGUUUUUCCUUAACCCGCCUCUGCCCACUCGGGCACAGUGUGCAAUUGCAGUUUUGCGGCAACGUUUAAGGAUAUGGAUACAAUUGGCAUCUCUUCCCAAAAGUAUACUCCUAAGUAGCUCUUUCAGCCUCCUUAGACCUGCCAGAUACCUUGGUCAAAUCAAAAUCCCUAAACAGAGGUGGGCAUUCUGCCUACCUUGGGGUAAUGUCCUUCCUGCAGUGAACUUAGCAGAGAGCAACAAAGGCUAAGGUUUUGCCCAUGUGACGAAGGGACUGACGCAACCAUUAAAUGCACUUUGAUUAUAUUGCUCGUUUUCAGCUGGCACACAUUCAGAGUUGGUAACUCCACAUUUAAUAAAUGUCCUGGUCAUUAUGACAAGUUUCAUUUACAGUUUUUACUUUCAAAUAUACUCUGUCCCUGUAAAUGCAGCUAAAUUCUGUUACGUCGUAUGAAAAAUGGGUAGUUGAUUCAUUAAUACGCCCAGUUAAUUUCAUGUUUUACACUUAUCCAUAGACGUGUAACCUGUUUUACAGUAUUGAGUUUUAUUAUGUACUGGUCUUUGACCACAAUAAACAUUUCUUCUGCUUUCUAUAUCUGGGACUUCAUGAGUAGCAGGCAAAUAACUUCUGGUAGACACUCCUAUAUUUGUAAAAUAUGUAAAAGAAGGGAACAGGAAAAGGAUAUUCUUUUUGAAUCUCUCUGCUGUAAGAGAAGCAUGUUUUCAUCACUCAGGAGCUAUGAAAUGGGAAACAUGGAAAAUGCUUCCAUUUUAGAAGAGCUACUGAUAAAGAAGUCUCAGCGGAAGAUAAAAAUCUCCCCAGAUAAUUACAAAAAACGAUUGUUUGUUCUGACAAAAGCAAGUCUCUCCUAUUAUGAAUAUGGCAAAGAAAAAAAAGGAGCUAAGAAAGGAUCAAUUGACAUUAAGAAAAUUCUAUGUGCUGAAGUGGUGAAUCUUGAGGAACCAUCCCCUCCAGAGACACAAUAUUCAUUCCAGAUUGUGUACAGAGGAGGCCUAUUGUAUGUUUUCUCAGCAAAUGAAGAAAGCCGGAGGCAGUGGUUGGAAGCUUUGCAUAAAGAGAUUAGUGGCAAUACAGAUUUACUAAAAAAGUAUCAUAAAGGAUUCUUUUCAAACGGGAAGUUCUCAUGUUGCAAUCAGGCUUGCAAAGCAGCUCCAGGAUGCACAAUAUGGGAAAAAUAUUCCAGCCUACACAAUGUAAGCAGUGCAAUGAAGCCACUCCCGCCUAUCCCAAGACAACUGAAGAUGAAGUAUUUUCACAAAUCUCCAAAUUUGACAUCUCACAAGCCAUUUCUGAAAGAAGUUCUGGCUGUUUAUGAUUAUGAACCAGAAGGAAACUCUGAUAUUCACCUCAUCAAAGACAACAAAUAUUAUGUCUUGAGUGAUGAGAAUCUUGACUGGUGGCAAGUGAGAGAUUCUGAAGGAAACGAAGGCUUUGUUCCCUGUUCUUAUUUGAAGGAGGUAUCUCAGACCAGUGAAGAACUGCGAAAAACCACUAACACAGCUGAAGUGAUGUCUUCUGAAGAGGAUGAAAACAUUGAUGAAUACCACUGGUAUGCUGGAAAUCUCUCAAGGGUCCAGGCAGAACAACUGCUACAGGAGAAGGGGAAAGAAGGUGCUUUCAUGGUUCGCAAUUCCAGUCAUGUGGGAAAACACACUGUGUCAGUGCUCAGCAUGACUUCUAGCACUGAAAAAGGAACAGUAAAACAUUAUCAUGUUCAUGUCAACAAUGCAAAUCAGUUCUACCUGGCUGAGAAUUACUGUUUCAGUUCACUUCCCAAACUUAUUGACUAUCAUCAACACAAUUCAGCAGGUAUGGUCACAAGACUCCGACAUGCAGUGUCUCCAAAGGCAAGCCUUCUACCACCUGUACCACUGGACAAAGGAACCUGGGAGCUUAACCGCGAAGAGAUUGUUUUAGGGGAAGAGAUAGGGAGUGGAUAUUUUGGAGUGGUGAAGAGGGGAAGGUGGAAAGGAAAAUAUGAUGUGGCUGUUAAAAUGAUCAAGGAGGCAUCAAUGUCUGACGAUGAAUUCCUUGAAGAGGCUGAAACCAUGAUGAAGCUGGACCACCCCAAACUUGUAAAACUAUAUGGAGUGUGCACCAAAUUGUUUCCCAUGUAUAUAGUGGCCGAAUACAUGGCUAACGGCUGCUUGAUUGACUAUUUAAAAAGCCAUGGAAAAAAAUUACCUCAGCCUCAGCUUGUGGAGAUGUGUUACCAUGUUUGUGAAGCAAUGACUUUUCUUGAGAGUCACCAGUUCAUACACCGAGACUUGGCUGCUAGGAAUUGUCUGGUUGAUGCUGACCUAAUCGUGAAGGUAUCUGAUUUUGGAUUGACAAGGUAUGUGCCAGAUGAUCAGUAUAUCAGUUCUGUAGGAGCUAGAUUUUCAAUGUUGUGGUCUGCACCAGAGGUUUUUAAUUAUACCAAGUUCAGCAGCAAGUCUGAUGUAUGGGCUUUUGGAAUUUUAAUGUGGGAAGUCUUCACUUUGGGGAAGGAGCCCUAUGGUCGAUAUGAUAAUAUACAAGUGGCUGAAAAGAUAGGUCGUGGUUAUCGGCUUUAUCGCCCAAAAUUGGCUUCUACAGCAAUCUAUCGAAUAAUGCACAGCUGCUGGCAUGAGCUGCCAGAAAAACGACCCACCUUUCACCAUCUGCUUUCACUCCUGGAAGCACACAGGAAAAGUGACAAACCUGGGAAACGAGUUCAUCUUAAAUGAUUAAGCAUGAAUAGUGGUACUGAAGGAGGCAGGAAAGUCUCCACUGGACAGCAGAAAGCAGUGAAGAAAGAGGUUUAGUCACAGCGGGUAUCAAACUACUACUGAUAUCAUCCCUAUUAUACAGUUUUGAAGCAGCCCUUGAAAUUGUUGGGUUAUAAAUUUUCUGUAAUCUAUAUCAGUGCAACAUCAUCAUUUAUUAGACCAACUCAAGUCACAAUAAUCUGAAAACUUUUGAAUUCUCAAACGCUUCAUCAGGAACAAUUGCACCAUUUUUUUUUAUCUGAGUUGUCUAACACAUUUAUUUCCCACAUGUGAAUUAUGGAAUUUCUUUUAGUCAACAUAAUUAACUUUUUUUUUUUUUGCAUGUUUGUUCUGGUUUGUUUGUUCAUUUAAGUAUAAUCCUGAAACUUUUAGAAAUCGGGGGGGGGGGGGGCUUUUUUACUCCCAUGGGUUAAUAAAAUACUUUGCUAUUUUUCUUUUCAAUUAUGUCUUCAGCAAAGAAUAUAUAACAAAAGAAAAAUCUUAUAAUUGGGAAAUAAAGUGAACUACAAAACAGGGUUCCAAAGUUUAUGCAGUUGGUGUCAGAUUUUUUUUUAGGGGUGCUUAAAGUUUACUUACACAAUAUUAAUAUCUGGGUGGGAAAAAGGAAUAUCUUUUUAGCAUCAGCUUUUAGUAAGAAUACAACAGCGAAGUUGAAAGCAAGAACUUACAGUAGACAACAUAAUAGUAAUAAUGCAAACCUGGGAAGGAUUGUUAGUUUACAGAAAAACUCCAAAAGGUUCUAGACAGGCUUGAGCAGCGGGCUGAAGUGAAUAAAAUGGAAUUUAACAGGGAAACACAUGAAGUUUGGCAAAUGGGUAGGAAAAAUGAAAGGCACAAAUAUAAGACGGGGAAGAUCUGGCUCUUACAGUAAUACAUGUGAAAACAGACUGGCCCAGCUGAGCAUGAGCCAGCAGUGUGAAGGAGCUGCUAAAAAAGGCAAAUUCUACUUUGAGGUAUAUUAGUUGGAGCAUAGGGGAAGUUGUUCCACAAUACCUGGCCUUGGUCAGACCCCACUUGGAAUAUUGUGUCCAUCUCUGGGCACCACAGUUCAAAAAGGACAGUGACAAAUUGAAAUGAGUUCAGAGAACAGCUGCCAAGAUGGUGAAGGGUCUGGAAGACAAGCCCUAUGAGGAAUGGUUGAAGGAUUUGGUGUGUUUGGCCUAAAGAAAGUUGACUGAGGGGAGAUAUGGUAGUAAUUUUCGAAUAUCUGAAAAAGUUGUCACAUAAAGAAGAUCAUGACCUAUCUAUUGCCCCAGAGGGCAUGAUCAGAACCAAUGGAACCUACAUGGAAGUAAGUUCAGACUAUACAUGAAGAGGAAUUUCCUGAUAGAACAAGCAUUCAGCCAAUGAAACAGACUGCCACAUGAAGUGGUGAGUGCUCCUUCACUGACAAUCUUCUUCAACUAGAUGGUCAUCUAUCAAAGCUGCCCUAGAUGCAUUGAACAGGGAUUUGACUAGAUAAUCUCUGAGAUCUCUUUCAGCUGUAUGAUUCUGUGAACUGAGAAGCUUGAAGACUGUUUCAAGGAUUUUUUUUUACCAUAUGUGUUUUUAUAAGUGACACCUCUAUAUUAUGUCUGAUGAGGCAAAUAGCAACUUUGUAUGGAGGUGUGUGAUUAUAAUCAGACAAAAGGCAUAGUAGUCUUGGGGGGGGGGGAAGACAAGUACACAGUUUUGAUCCAGAGAUGACAACACACAACUGCUUUAUUAAAAAAAAAAAAAUUGGGAAAGAUUAACUGGAGGCCAUGGAGGAAUUCAGGUUGAA